CCCCGGCCGGGACAGGCCGGCGGGGAGCUGGGCGGAGGGAGAAAACACCGAAGGAGAAGCGGCGGAGGGCGGGUCCGCCAAGGGAGGAGCGCGGAGCCCGGAGGAGGGCGGAGGAAGGUCCGCCCCGGCGCGACCGCAGACCCGACCGACGGGCUCCCGGGGACAGCCAGCACGGCCGGAACUGCAGCGGCCGCGCGGGAAUGGGCCGCCCCGCGACCUGACGCCGCCGCUCCGCCAGAGCCAUGGACGGGGACGCCAUCUGCAGCGCGCUGCCUCCCAUCCCCUACCACAAGCUCGCCGACCUGCACUACCUCAGCCGCGGCGCCUCGGGCACCGUGUCGUCGGCUCGCCACGCGGACUGGCGCGUGCGGGUGGCCGUGAAGCACCUGCACAUCCACACGCCGCUGCUGGACAGUGAAAGAAAUGAUAUCUUACGAGAAGCUGAAAUACUACAUAAAGCUAGAUUUAGUUACAUUCUUCCAAUUUUGGGAAUUUGCAAUGAGCCUGAAUUUUUGGGCAUAGUUACUGAAUAUAUGCCAAAUGGAUCAUUAAAUGAACUUCUACAUAGAAAAACUGAGUAUCCUGAAGUUGCGUGGCCGUUGAGAUUCCGCAUCCUGCAUGAAAUCGCCCUUGGUGUGAAUUACCUGCACAAUAUGAAUCCCCCUCUCCUUCAUCACGACUUGAAGACUCAGAAUAUCUUGUUGGAUAAUGAAUUUCAUGUCAAGAUUGCUGAUUUUGGUUUGUCAAAAUGGCGCAUGAUGUCGCUCUCGCAAUCACGAAGUAGCAAAUCUGCCCCCGAAGGAGGAACAAUCAUCUAUAUGCCACCUGAGAACUAUGAGCCUGGGCAGAAGUCGAGGGCCAGCGUGAAGCACGACAUAUACAGCUAUGCAAUUAUCAUGUGGGAAGUCUUAUCAAGAAAGCAGCCUUUUGAAGAGGUCACCAAUCCUUUGCAGAUCAUGUACAGUGUGUCCCAGGGACGUCGGCCUGACACGAGAGAGGAGAGCCUGCCGUUUGAUAUUCCUCAUCGUGGUCUCAUGGUCUCUCUGAUACAGAGUGGAUGGGCACAGAACCCAGAUGAAAGGCCGUCUUUCUUGAAAUGCUUAAUAGAACUUGAACCGGUUCUGAGAACAUUUGAAGACAUAACUUUUCUUGAAGCUGUUAUUCAGUUAAAAAAAACAAAGAUACAGAGUGCCUCCAGUACUAUUCACCUCUGUGAUAAGAAAAUGGAUUUAUCGUUGAACCUACCUGCAAACCACGCUCCACAAGAGGAAUCAUGUGGAUCCUCUCUGCUCUCCAGAAACACUGGUUCUCCUGGAACCUCCCGGUCCCUGUCAGCUCCUCAAGACAAAGACUUUUUGUCUGGACUAUCUAGUGAGUGCUCUACCCUAAUGACAUGUCCUGUAGGAGGACCUCAGGACUGCUCCUCGUUGAAGCUGCGUCACUGUCCUGGAAACCACAGCUGGGACGGCACCGUUUCUGCGUCACAAAGGGCAGCCGUCUGUGAGCACAGAACCACCCUGUGCUCUCUGGCUAUAAUAAAUCCACUGCUGGCUGAGAAAAGUGCAGAGCGUCUCCAGCCUGGUAUAGCCCAGCAGUGGAUCCAGAGCAAGAGGGAAGACAUUGUGAGCCAGAUGACGGAGGCCUGCCUUAACCAGUCACUGGAUGCCCUUCUGGCCCGGGACUUGAUCAUGAAGGAGGACUAUGAACUCAUUUGUACCAAACCAACAAGGACCUCAAAAGUCAGGCAGUUACUAGACACCAGUGACAUCCAAGGAGAGGAAUUCGCCAGAGUUAUAGUACAGAAGUUGAAAGACAACAAGCAAAUGGGACUCCAGCCUUACCCGGACCUGCCUGUGUUUUCCAGAGCACCAUCGUCAAAUUUCCUUCAAAAUAAAAGCUUGUGAGUGAGUUUUUGAGAGGAAAGUCAGUUUACAAAUGGUUAUUUAUAUGUCUGUUACCUGGAUAAUAUUUGUAUAAAUACAUAAGUGUAUUGGAUGCUUCACUGAAGGUUUUUUGGAAGAGAUGAGUAUGUCCCCUUCCAUGACAUUGCAGUAUUUUUUUUAAAUUAAUAUAAACUUUUGCAUCAUG